ACGAGAUGUCCCUCCCGGGAACAGCGCCAGGUCCGACCCGGAACUCCCAACGCCGCUCAUAGAAUGAAAGUCCGGAUCCCAGACUUAAGCGGUGUACCUGGAAUCUCCGGAUAAGAAGUUGGAAUUCCGUGCUCACCUGGUUCCGUGUCCUGGGGAGAGAGGGCGGGGCUAGUGCAGGUGUUAUUGGCCACUGGAAGAGCUGCUCCGUGACAGUGAGAGGUGGCUAACGCUGGGACCAAGGUUCCUGUGACAAAAUUAUGUCCGAAGUGCAGGAGGCUGUGGUACUGGAGGAAGAAGAAGAGGAGGAAGAAGACCCCUGUAACAGCUGUGGGACAGGGGAAGACGAGGACGACGGGGAACCUAAAAUCUGCCGUGCAUGUGGGGACCGAGCUACUGGGUAUCACUUCAAUGCUAUGACAUGCGAGGGCUGCAAGGGAUUCUUCAGGCGGGCCAUGAAGAGGAACUUGCGGCUCAGCUGCCCCUUCCAGAAUUCCUGUGUCAUCAACAAGAACAAUCGGCGGCACUGCCAGGCCUGCCGGCUCAAGAAAUGCCUGGACAUUGGCAUGAGGAAAGAGCUGAUCAUGUCAGAUGAAGCGGUGGAACAGAGGAGAGCGCUAAUUAAGAGAAAGCAGAACUUAUCCCUGUCGCCCCCCACACCCCCAGGAGCCAGUCUGACUCCAGAGCAGCAGCACUUUAUCACUGAACUGGUUGAGGCUCACACCAAAACCUUUGACUUCAACUUCACCUUCUUCAAGAACUUUCGGCCCAUAAGGAGAUCUCCAGACCCAACUCAGGAUCCCCAAGCUACCUCCUCUGAAGCCUUUUUGAUGCUACCUCAUAUAUCCGACCUUUUCACCUACAUGCUCAAGGGUGUCAUCAGCUUUGCCAAAAUGCUCCCCUACUUCAGGAGCCUGGCCAUUGAAGACCAGAUUGCUCUCCUGAAGGGUUCUGUCCUGGAGGUGUGUGUGAUUCGAUUCAACAGGAUGUUCAACCCCAAGACCAAUACGUGGGAGUGUGGCGCCUUCACCUAUAAUGCUGACGAUAUGACCAUGGCCGGCUUCAGUCAACAGUUCCUUGAGCCCCUGCUGAGAAUACACUGCAUGAUGACAAAACUGAAUCUAGAAAGUGAGGCAUAUGCCCUGAUGGCUACCAUGGCUCUUUUCUCUUCGGACCGACCGGGGGUCUCUGACUGUGAGAAGAUCCAGAACCUGCAGGAACAUAUUGCCCUGAUGCUGAAAGCAUUCAUCGAGAGCCAUCGCCCACCCUCCCCACAGAACAGGCUUCUAUACCCCAAGAUCAUGGAGUGCCUGACAGAGCUUCGGACCAUUAAUGACAUACACAGCAAGCAGCUCAUGGAGAUAUGGGACAUACAGCCAGAUGUUACCCCACUUAUGCGAGAGGUCUUUGGAUCCCUGAAUGAGUGAUAGGCACUUUCCUACUCCAAGAGUUGGUGAACAUUCCACCAAGAAGCUUGGGCGCCUUCUACUGGCAUCUGUCCUGUUGGGGCAAUGGUGGCCUUCAAAGCAUCAGCAGCCGGUGAAUUGUCUUCUACUGGCACUGUUUAGUUAAUUGUUUAGGAUAGUGGUGUCUGCUGGUUGGUUUUAGAAGUACAUGGAGAGCUCUGCCAUGUGGGAUAUCGGGGAACAUGGAAUUCCUAUCUGGGAUACCUACAUUGAUAGGAAAGUUGAAGCUACUGUGGUGCCAAAAUCAAGCCCCACAACUUGGUGAUAUUUGUCGACCAACAUAGAGCAGCCUGGCCAGAGACACUCACCGCAAUGUGCCUGGUCCAAAAGACAGACACUGGUCACUAAACAGACUCCUUGAUCCUAGAACUUGUAGGUUCUGCACAGGGUUUGGUAACGCAAGAUGUUUUUGGAUCAGGGCGUUCGUUAUCUGCACUAAUUCUGUUAUUUUAGGACCUACUCAGCCCAAUGAAAGGGGCUGUGACUUUUAGCGAGUCAAGUGAGGAACUUAUUGGGUGCAAUUGCAGCCAAAUGGGCUAGGGUUUAAUAGAGGUGGGACCCAGACGUUCUGUUAAACUAAUUAAAUAAGGUCAAUCUCAGGGUACUGACUUAGAAACGGACCCCGCUUGGCCUUGGGUGGGGGGGACACUGGGCUAAAUGCUGGGCGGGUUGAAGAUUAAGCAAUCUCGAUUAAGGAUCCGCACAAACGCUAUUUAUAUGCAGUAUGUUCAAAUUUAUUUGAAAUACAUCACUGUAUCACCACUACGGGUUGAAGAUUAACCAUCAGCAGUAACGUCUGGGGUUCUGUUCCAGAAGGUAUUGGGGGCUUAUAUAUGGGAAUGUGUGAGCCUGUGUUAGAGGAAAUUUGUAGCUGUCCCUGUGUUCUGUUUAAUUCUGAUGUUACUGGUACCAUGUUGUUCAAGCCAUUUUAUUUAUUAAAAAAAAAAAAAAA